AUGAGCGCCGACGAGAACCACACCCUUCGGAGCGAGCUCCGCCAUCUCAAGGUCCUCGAAGGACCUUUGCGAAAGUGCGAUUUCGAAACCUUCCCCAACACGCCUCAGGCGGCGUUUGAACUGUGGAUGCAGGAAGCGAUUGAAGCUGGCGUCAAGGAACCUCACGCAAUGACACUUUCCACGGUCGAUGACCAAGGUUGGCCGGAUGCCCGAGUUCUCAUCUUGAAAAACGUUGAUGGACGGGGGUGGCACUUUGCAGUCAAGGGCAAUAGUCCAAAAGGCAAACAGCUUGCAACCAAUCCCUAUGCUGCUUUGACCUUUUACUGGCCGGAGCAGGGUCGCCAGGUCCGAAUCCGUGGGCGAGCGGUUCAGUUACCAGAGGGGGAAUGCAGGCAGGAUUUCUUGGACCGCCCCUUGUCUUCGAAAAUCGCUGCAUUGGCUUCACAGCAGAGCCAGGCGCUUGAAAGCGCACAUCAAGUUCAGCAAGCUGUGGAAUCCGUCCGACAAGAGUUUGAAGAAAAUGAUGAUUUUCCCCUGCCAGACUGGAAGGUUUAUGCUGUAGACCCUAUUGCUGUCGAGUUCUGGCAAGGCGCCAAAGACCGUCUUCAUCAAAGACUACGUUACAAGCAUGAAUCCGCGGAAGAGCCGUGGGAGAAGCAACUUCUAUGGCCAUAA